GCAGAUCGCGCAGGGCGCGCCCGUCCUGCUGGACUACGAUUUCGGCACAGCCAACAUUCCCAGCGUCUCGGAGGCGGUUGACCGGCCUGUGUUAGCGGCCGAGACGUUUGAACAGACCGUCUCGUACGCGGCUUCGGGCGUGUACACGGUGCGUGUGACGGGUCGGAACCAGCAUUCGGACCCCGUCCGCGCCGACCUUCUGCGCACUCACGCUGAUCGUGCAGCAUCCGGUCAAACCCGACUGGCAGCUUAUCAACACAACUGACAGCCGGAUGCUGGUGGUUCUUGACCCGCCGGUGCCGGCCGAAGUGAUGCUUCAGCUGCGGCUGCCCAGCGCCGUCCAGCUACCGACCAACGCAUCUCUGGCGGUCGAUUUUGGCGAUGGGCUCGCCAUGAGUGUCUCGCUGUCGGAUACGACCAUCAACCUGGACGACGCCACGCCAUCAUCGUCGGCUGUUGACGGAUUUUUCGUGGCCCCUUUCGAUCACUCGUACUCCAGCAAGGGAAUUUACACUGCGACCGUGAUUCUCUCCAACCGCGUCAGCGAGCAGCAGUAUAGCACAAUAAUAAUGGUCGAAGAUAAAAUUAUUGGUCUACAACCCUCAAUCCGGCAGCAACAAGACGACAGAACAGUGGAACUGGAAACUGGAAGGGGAGAUCUCAGCAACGAGUACAGGAAUGACCGGAAUUUGACAAUUUUCUUCUCACUGGUCCAGGGAACAAUGACGAAAGUCACUGUUUAUAACAAUUCUGAGACGGAUAUGGAAAUCAUAUACACUCAUGUGUUCGUCGACAAGAAUAACCCGGCCUUAGAAACAAUAACGAUCCACAUCGCCACCAAUCAGUUACUGAAUUUGUCAUUUGUGGCAGAGAAUUCUUACGAGACCACUCCACAAGUGGUGGCGACGAUUGCUAUCGUCUUCCCCAUAACGGAGAUCACGAACCUGAAGAUAUCUAUGGACAAGCUGCAACCGCCGGACUUCAAGCUGAAAUCAUUCACGGUCGAUUUCGAAACCGCCUCCACGCAGGAGUUAUGCUUGGCAGUCAAGUACGGGGACGCUUCCCCCAGGGUUUCCUAUGGCGAUGAAGGCAUGUGCAACCAGAUGUUUCCUGAUGCAGCGAACAUGCCCAAUGAACUGACACAGCCGAUGAAGUUGCAGUACCAGUACCGCAGUAAAGGCACCUACAACGUGACCGUGGAUCUAUUCAACCCAAAGGACCAUGAAACAUAUGAAAUGCUUUUAAGUGUGUCUGAUUUGCCGUGCACCAAUCCUGACGUAACUAUUGCGGGAGCGUCAGAAAAUCGAGAGGAGCCCCCACACUACCUGAUGUCACAAAACAUCAUUUUAAGAGCUGAAAUAACUCUGGACUGUGGCACAACUCUGUCGACCAAAAAACGUUGGCAGGCCUUCAUGAUGAGACCCGGAACGCCGCGGUCGGCUUUCAUUAUGUACGAGCUGCCGUCGUGGGAUAAAACCGAACUGCUGCUGCCAAGCAACUUCCUGAAGCCAGGCCUUCACAAGGUAACAUUCACUCUGACCAUGGGCGAAAACGGAGCUAUGGGUGAGGACCUGUUUCAAACAACGGCUCAAGCAUACCUGCAGGUGGAUCGCACGCCGCUUUAUGCGGGCAUGAUCCGAGGCGCUGUGUCCAAGAUUGACUGUGGAUGGAGCCAAAAGAUUAUCUUGGACGCAAUGACCUACUCUACCGACCCAGACGCGCCAGAACAGAAAGACUUCACGUACGAGUGGUAUUGCAGAAGGCUUGGUGAGACGCUGCCGAGGAACGAGACCGGGGCUGCUACAGUACCCGCCCAGCUCCUGUCUCCUCGUAGUGCCGGCGGGCCGGUCCCAUCUCCAGAUCUGGGAGGCUGCUUUGGGGAGGGCCCAGGUCCACUGGCAUUCUCUGGCGGUCGACUGAACAUCAGUGCAGACAUUCUGCAGCCCUACCGACAGGCAUUGACAUUUGCUUUCACAGUUGUGGUCAUGAAAGAUACAAGGAAGUCAGAGGCAGAAGUGCAAGUUGCUAUGGUUGAUGGGAAUCCGCCAAGGAUUGAAGUCCAGUGUGCUGACGCUGUUCUUUGUGCGCCCGCUGUCACAGGUGUCAUGGUAAACGUCCAGCAUAACCUGGGCCUGCGUGGCGACUGCGUCGAGUAUUGUGAUCCCCAGCUCACCUGGUCUUGGGUAUUGUCCGCGGUUGAUGGAGACACAGUUACACCAAUAUCCAACCAGGAUCAAUACCUACCCAUCAGCGACACAAAUGAAGUACGGAUAUCGAACAAACUUUACUCGGAUCAUCCCGACAUCAAGCAAUUCCACGUCGGACUGCAAGCGAGUAACGGAGUAGUAGGUAACCCGAGCGGGACCGCCACAUACUUUAUCACUGUCAAUCAGCCGCCAGUGGUCGACGGGAAGCUGUGUGCCUGCCAGUCCACCAGCAAUGCCAGCCUGGCACUUGUUGGCACUUUCUCAAUUACAUGCCAGAUGCCUGUCGACCCUGAGGGACGUCCAAUUCGCAAGGUUGCAUUCUCCUCGGAUGUUACCGGCCCCACAGGCAAAACCGAAAGUAAAAAAUUGGACGUUAUUUCUCCAGGUGCAUCCGACCAACAGAUCCAGAUCACCGUGCGUCCAAGCUUGGGCGUUAAUCAAAUCCAGUACGUGGCCGAAGACCAGCAGGGAGCUACGGCGCGCAAAUCUGUCUGCUCAAUCUCCUCUGACAUGCCAACCGAGGAACAGUACAACGACUUCAUGGCUAGCGACCUGGUGAGGAGCAUGACUGGGACUGGGGAUGCGAGCACCGCAUUUGCCAUCGCCCAGGCGAAGGGCUCUGUGACCACAACGGCGACGUGGGUCACCGGCCUGUCCGGUCAGCAGAAGGACGAUUACGAAGUCAAAGAAUCUGCUGAAUGGGCUGCCAUUCUGAAAACUGUUCUUAACAAGGCUGCCGUAGGCAAGGAAGAGCUAAGUUUGGUAGCAAACGUGGUACGUACGAGCACUGAGAGGGCAUCGGACGAGGUCCUGAAGCUGGACAUGGAGAAUCUGGAACUUGUAAAUCAACUGCUCAUGAAAUGUGCAUUAGGGCUGAAGGACGCCGGAUUUGCAACUCCCGAGGAAAUGCAGAAUGUUCUUCAAGACGUGUUGCAUUCGGUAAGCAUAAUGAAGAAAAACUUAGUCAAAGUUGCUCGAGAUGAAUCAUGCGAGUCCAUUUCACCCUCAGAUUUAAGGAAAGCACCACUGAUGCACGUUGAGAACACCUUAGACUAUGAUGCUGAGCCGAAGGCGCUUUCGUACGAAAUGGAAUUGAAGUGCAAUGUGCGGGACAACGUACUGGCGAGGUCUGACGCCCUGGUAGAUGAUCUGACAAGGAUUGAGACAUUAGUGGAACAGGCGCCAAUACCGGGCAUGGUGGCAAAUGACCGCCUUGUAUUGAAUCAUGGCGGCGGUACAACUGUGACGACAAUGGCACCAAACGUGAGCAGUUUAAAUAUGUCGUUAGGAAUGAGUGAAGUGAAGAUGCCGGAUGGGUUUGAUGUCGGUGAUGGCAAACCCGUGGCUGUGACGAUAUCAGAUACUGCCGUGAACGCGAAAACAGCCGUGAAAGGUGCAGAAAUGGUCUCAUCCGAGUCGCAUGUCGUAUCCGUCGGCUUUGCCGAUCGAAAUCUGCAGCAUAUCCCGGUGAACAAUCGUACUCCGGGGAUUGAACUGAAAAUACCUCAGAACAACCGGCGUGGCCAGGAUGGGAACUGCUCUACGUGCCCAACUCCUCCGCAGUUAGUAAAUGGAACCGAUGCUCUUAAGGGAAAGUUCCUCUCCAUCGUGUUCUCUGAAUUCAACAUCACCAAGCCCAAAAGCGCCUUUAACAUUGAAUUUCAUCCUGAAGGCGAUUCUGUGGAAGAUUUCUUCGUGAUGGUGAGCUUUAAUCGCAUGCCGACGCUUCGGAGGCAUUCGCUCUUUAAGAUGGUGAGCCACUUCCCGUUCGUGACGAGCCCAGAAAAUGGAACCACGGAUAACUUUACGAGCCACAGACUGUUUGUUAGCAGCGAAUGGGUUUCCAAUCGACAGGGUAGGGUGUUUGUCGGCGUUGGACAAUUCAAUGAAUCCAGCACCAAGUAUGCGGACGUCAUGAACAUCGUCAACGCUAACCGAAGCGAUUUCAGCGCUUUCAAGAGCCAGGAAAUUCUACGAAACAAACUUACCAUCGACUAUCGUUUGAUAACCUAUUCCUUAUUAUGUACCUAUUUCAACACAACGUUGGGAGAAUGGGACAAUGAUGGCCUAACGGUUAUCACAGCAGACAUCAACUCAGUUCGCUGCGAGAGUUCGCACACGACAUCCUUCGCCUCAGGUUUGUUCGUGCAGCCAAACACGAUUGACUUCGCAUAUGUGUUCGCCAACGCGUCGUUUACGGACAACAUGACAAUCUACAUGACGCUGAUUCUGCUGCUAACUAUGUACCUCCUGCUGCUAAUCUGGGCCCAUUGGCAAGACAAGAAAGAUGUUGAGAAGCUGGGAUCCAUGCCGCUGCCUGACAACAAGGCCAGUGACAAGUACUUGUACGAAAUCAUGCUGUUCACUGGUCACAAAUCCGAUGCCGCUACCGAUUCCUGUGUUUCCUUCUUUCUGUCAGGAGAUGACGACGAGACGGGGUCACGGACCUUCGGGAAGCCCAAUCGCAAAUUCUUCCGAAAGAGCGGCCAAGAUGCGUUCGUGAUGUCCGUUCCAGGCCCACUGGGGGCACUUCAGUACCUGAGAAUUUGGCACGACAACUCAGGAAAAGGCCGCUUCGCCUCGUGGUUCCUGCAAUACGUGCUGAUCCGCGAUGUGCAGACUGGAGAGACGACUACGUUCGUCUGCAACCAGUGGCUGGGCGUGGAGUACGACGACGGCUGUAUCGACAGGCUAAUCCCAGUGGCUGGCAAAGAGCAGAUGCGUGAGUUUGCGCACCUAUUUCCUCACACUUCUCAGCAGACUCUCUCCGAUGGCCAUCUAUGGUUCUCGGUCUUCCUCCGACCACCGCGCUCUCGCUUCACACGAAUGCAAAGAGUCUCCUGCUGUUUUGCGCUCCUCUUUCUCUCAAUGAUGGUUAAUGCCAUGUGGUAUGGCCAAGUGCCGUCAAAGCCGAGCACUGGUGCCCUCAAGUUCGGUCCGCUCGCGGUCUCGCCAGAACAGAUAUCUGUUGGGUUCAUGUCCAACAUCAUUGUUUUUGUGCCAUCCCUCCUUAUUGUAUUCCUUUUCCGAAAGUCGCGCCCAAGGAAGCUGAGAACGUCUCGUAUCGAUGACGCUAUGGCAAAAGUAAAAAGAGACAACGAAGAAAGAGCAACAAGAGCUGCUGCAAUCGACAACAGCGAACGUGUCAAAACCGACGACGACGGGACGGCACCUGCAGGACCCUCCGGACGGAAAUCCAGCAAGAAGUCAAAGACGACAGCAAAGCGAAGGUUCACGCUCCCAUGGUGGGGUACGAUCAUUGGCUGGGUGCUCUGCUUGGUCUGUCUGUUCGGAUCUGCCUUUAUCGUCUACUCGUACGGCAUAACAUUUGGCAACGAAAAAUCCACCAAGUGGAUCACGUCGCUGUUCAUAUCUUUCUUUUCUUCCGUUCUCCUAGUCCAGCCACUCAAGGUGUUCCUCACAGCCAUUGUGAUCUCAGCCAUCUUCAAGAACGUAAACCUGGGCUCUGAUGACGCCAACGAAGAUGAGGAGGAUCCCCAUCUGUCUUCCGACGAGGAAUGGCUGGUGGGGCAUUCCGGCAAGCGUCCGCCGCCCGCCAACGCAGGCAGUCCUUAUGACAAGGAGCUGCUCAAACAGAUUCGCAAGCAAAGAAUGAAGGAAAUUGAAAUGGGUGUUAUCGUCCGAGAAAUCAUCAGCUACGCUCUAUUCUUGUGGAUUCUGUUUGUCUUGAGCUAUGACAAUCGAGACCCAAAUGCAUACUUCCUUCAGAAAAACAUCCAGAACGCUUUUGUAAAAGAGGGAGAUCUGACGAACUUUAACAGGUGGCUGGAUUUCUCCAGGGUGCAUAACACCAGCGCUUUCUGGUACUGGUCCCGCAACGUCAUCCUGCAGGAGCUGCGCGCGCAGACCUGGUACGACGGCAUAACACCCGCCUACGGUUUGAGGGGAUUCCUCGAUGACCGCGUGAACAGAAUCUUGGGUUACGCAAUGAUAAGCCAGGUGCGCUCACUGCCCAACACGUGCAGGAUUCACCAGAGCAUGCGGAGUCUCGUCGGCGGCUGCCACGGCUACACCAGUCUUGUCAAUGAAGACAAGGCCCAUUACUGCGCAAACUGGACUACGCGUGGCUCGGCGGUCGACUGCCGCAGGGGCGAAUAUCGGCACACCUCCGCCAGUGACCUGGAUAGUCUGCCCUUAGUCGCCAAACAGGACGUGUACGGCGGUGGGCGUUACGUGUUUCGGCUUACCGGCAGGCAGUCGCAUAUUUUGGCCAAGAUGACGCAACUGGAAGAGGAGAACUGGAUUGACGAGCUAACUCGCGCCGUUUUCGUAGAAUUCUCAGUGUACAAUGCGCAGGUCAACUUAUUUGGUAUAGGCAACAUGUAUGUGGAGAUAACGCCGGGUGGAGGAAUGCAUCCUGCCUGGAGAUUUGAUGGCAUACGUCUCACAAGACAAGCCGGAUCGCAACUAUUCGUGAUCAUCUGUGAGCUGGUCUAUUGUUUAUUCAUCCUGUAUUUUAUUGUUAGGGAAAUCCGGCUGAUGUGCAAGAUGAAGAAACAAUAUUUUCGAAAUUACGCUGUGUAUGCAGAAUGGUCGAUAAUCCUGUUGUCAUUUGCAGGGUUAGUUGUGUAUAUCAUGCGCUAUGUGGAGACCACCCAGCUUCUGGAUUUCUUCAAGAAAACAUACGGCAACGGAUACGUAGGGCUGCAUUACGCCAAGGCACUUGAUGAUCUAUUUGGAUAUAUUGUUGGCAUCAUCGUCUUCAUAGCCACGCUGAAGUUCAUCAAGCUGCUGAGAUUCAACAGGCGAAUUGGCAUGCUGUCCGCCACCCUGAAACAGACCUGGGGUGAUCUCACUGGAUUUUUUGUGAUCUUUGCUAUUGCGUUCGGCUCGUUCGGUCUACUCUUCAACCUACUUCUGGUAUCAGCAAUGGACGACUUCAAGACUUGGAUAUCUGCAGUAGAAUCCUGUUUUUCCAUGAUGCUUGGCAAGUUUCACUUCUUGGAGAUGUACCGAGGGAGCAUCCUGGCAGCCAUCAUGUUCUUCUUCUUCGCCCUCUACAUGAAUCUCAUCUUCGUCAAUGUUCUUUUGACCAUCAUCAUCAAGGGGUUCGAGCAGGUCAAGAACGAUGUCACCAAGCAGCCGAACGACUACGAGGUGGUGGAAUUCCUGGUCAAUCGGUUCAAGAAAUUUAUGGGCAUUGGUGGCAAUACAGUGAGUCCGCUGAAGGACUUGGUGAAGGAGCAUGAGGCGGGGUCUCAGGCGGAAAAGGGCGAACAAAAUGUCCAGGCGCUGCCUGAUAAGGUUGGCCAAUUCCUGGAGCAAGUCAAUCACAUGUACUUCGACGGAAAUCUGGAGCUUAACAAUAAGAAGUUCUUGAAGAAGACCAUUCGCCAAGGAAAAGAAGAUGGACAUGGCGACCAACCAAGUGCCACGGGAAGAAGGCGUCCAAAGUCCAUGGACGCCUUUCAGUCUCGCGGUUCAAAUCUCUCCAGUGUCGAAAAAGAGCUAGACGACGUGUGAGUGAUUGGGGCAUUCCAGCCAUACCGCUUUGUUGCGGUUGUCAAUGUGCAGUGCAGUCUAUAUAUUCUUCUUACUUUGCGUUAGCAUGCGUUACUCAACCGCUCACAGACCACGAACUCGAAUUGGUGAUAAGUUGUUGCUCAUCAUGGAUUUAGAAGUGGGCAUGCCUUGUAUCCUUUUUGAUGCCUACAGGUAAUGCCACUUCUGUGGUUGUGUACUGUACUGGAAAACUGCCAUAUGUUUCAUUCAAUGCACUUUAUUUUAUAUCAUCGGAAAGGUUAGUACCAGCAUGAAGGCGACAACUUAACAGACACAUUCUUCGAGUCAUACUAUGCCUAAGCUGAGUUCAUGUCAUAUCCGCUAUGUUUUGAGCGUUUUUUCUUCCUUUUCUGAACGGUGGACACCGGACUGAUGACCAGCGCAUGAUCUGACCAGAGAAUUAUUCCGUGUGUCGUGCUCGCACGUUUUGUAGUACUUUUGCGGUACCUCAGGCAUUGUGGUUAGAGCUGUCAUAGUCUGAAACAUUGUUCUUCGUUUUCUGGGAUUUGAGCUCGGCUAGUAUUUCAGAAGAUUUUACAUUCCGCUACUGAUACUAUUCGCGGUAUACAGCCGCACAGUAGUGCAGCAGUAAAGUUUAAAAUGUGGCAUGACAGUAGGAUGCUCAUACCGUGCCCACAGGUAUGUCCACAUGCGUGGCACCGCUACGCGUUGGUAUCAACACAUACUGUAUCUUAUGGGUGUCACGGAUGAGGAAAAACAAGUGAAAAAUGGGGACUGAAAUUCGUCAAAUGAACGAGAACAGCUGUGCAGUAGCACAGAAUGCAGUUUGCUGUGUGUUGCUGUUUGCUGCCGUUUGCAGUAUGUUCUUUGGUUUAGGUCGUGUCUUACCGAAGUAAGCACUCAGUGUGGGAGAUAAUCACUAAUCACUUGUGUUUUACCGCAGACUUUUCCCAAUGCAAAUUUCAACAAAGCCUCCGUGCUGUGUUGAGUGUACGCGCACGAGAUAGCUGAAAUUGGCACGCCAACGUAGCGUCUUCGCUCAUUCUGAGAACUCUGCUGUCACUGUUCUUGCUCAACUUCGCUGUUUAAGGUGCCAUCAAGUACAUGGGCGUAAAAAUAUGAAACAGGUGGCAACGACCCCACUUUUUGAGAAUCGCUCACGUUAGUCCUGUGACGACGCAUGUAAAGGAUCAACUUGAAAAAUGUCACUGUGCCUUCACCUCCCCCUCACACACAUCGUUUCUGAGACGUUCCUUCAUUUAUGAUUAGCUACAUGAUUGUAGUUCGGUCUAUGAGCGUUAAAUGUGUCAUCCUGUGUAUGCCUGUUUGCUCACUUCUUUGUUAAGGCCAUUCAUAUAUUCACAACUGUUUUUGCGACUCUCACACUCGGGUCGUGGAAUAUCAUGGGUGGUAAUAGCGGUGGAUGAUCUUCUGCUUCGACAGAAGAUCAUCCACCUUCUGCGUGCCCUGUUUGUGGCUUUUAACUCUUGCGCGCGCAGUGUAUAUCAUCAUGCUGUGCUCUCAUGUUGUGGCUCAACAUUGCUUAUUGGCGCAGUGAUCGCACUCAGCCGAUCUCAUUUUAAAUAGUCCUCCUUCAUUUUAGAGGAAAAUAUAAGA